AUGGCCAGGCUGCUUCUUGCCGCCGCGGAGAUUGCCGCCGUGGUCGGUCUGAACGUCCACGAUGCUCCCUCCAGCGACGCACAAUCGCGCACCGGCGUCGCUGCAGUGCUUGACCCGGAGUUGACUAAUGCUGCCCUCGAGAAGUUCCACGUCACCACUCCGGGGGAGCACGCCGUGAUCGUGCUGCCCGAGAAUGCAGACCUGGAGAAUCCGGCCGCUGCCGACCUGAUCGUCUAUGCCACGUUUGGGAAGCUCACCGACGAUGCGUGCGAAGACCUCCUCAUCCGCACUGUCACAUUUGAGGGAAGCUCCGUCGGGACAAACAUCACAAAGCUUGUGUUCAACGUGGGGAGCGAUAAUUUCAACGACACGGCAGCCCAUGAAUACACGUACACCUUUACUGACAGUGGAGGCAACCCCCAGGACGUUACCAACACUGACGCCAGGCACCUCUUCGACAACGUCCCGAUCUGCUACAUGGGUACUCCGCGGGGCGUCAUCAGGGAGCCCACGUACAGGACCUACAUGCACCGCCAGAGGAUCAUGCAGGUGGAGUGCAGCCUGAACAGCCUGAACCGCGGCCACGACAUCAAGGUUUUCUGGAGCACGGUGUGGCGGGGGUUUAACAGCACCACCAACUCGUCCAUCUUCGCCAACGACCUCUCCUUCAGCAUCGGCAACGUGGCGAACGCCGGGGGCAUCCUCGGCUCGGACGACCACUCGGCGAUCUCCGCGGCGAUCCCCGGCUGCAACAAGAAGCAGCCGGUCCUCGGCCCCUACCAGACCAGGAAGGGGAAGCCGAGGGGGAAGCCCUGGAAGCGCGCGCACCACUUCCGCUGA